ACCGCCCGCCCCACACCUCCCUCCUCCUACGCAGCGCGGCGCUCCGACACUAUUCCCAAAACUCUCCUGUAACCUUUCCCAAAACCCUUCUCCAAAUUGUCUUCCAGCCUUCCCAAAACCUUCUCCCAACCCUAUAACCUUCUUCCAACACUACAACCGCCUCCCAGCCUUCUUCCAAUCCUAUAAAUCUUCCAACCUUCUACCAACACUACAAACUCUUUCCAAACUUCUUCCACCCCUACAACCAUUUUCCAUCCUUCCUCCAACCCUACAACCUUCUUCAAAUCCUACAACCUUCUCUCAACCUUCUCCAACCCUACAACCAUCUUCCAAACUUCUCCUAACCCUACAGCCUCCUUCCAACCUUCUACCAACCAUCUUCCAACCCUACAACAACCUUCCAACCUUUCUCCAAUCCUACAACCUUCCUCCAAUCCUACAACUUUCUUCCAACCGUCUUCUAACUUUCCUCCAACCCUACAAACAUCUUCUAACCUUCCUCCAACCAUCUUCUAACCUUCUUCCAAUCCUGCAACCAUCUGCCAGCCCUACGACCUUCUUCCAGCCUUCCUCCAACCCUAAAACCUCAGCCCCUCUGACCCACCAUGUCCGUCACCAUCACCAGGAAAUCUGUGCGGAGCAGCUCGGCCGUCCCGGUCCGAUCCUUCAGCUCCCGCUCCUUCACCGCCGGCCCUGCUGUGAGGAUGAGCGCAGCCUCAGCCUUUGGCACCAUCAGUGGGAGCCGUUUUGGGGUGGGGGGGAUGCAGCGGGGUCCUGUGACCGUGUCUGGGGGUGGCAUCGCAGCCGUCACCGUCAACCAGAGCCUCCUGACCCCCCUCAACCUGGAGAUUGACCCCGACAUCCAGCAGGUGCGCAAGGAGGAGAAGGAGCAGAUCAAGACCCUCAACAACCGCUUUGCUUCCUUCAUCGACAAGGUCCGGUUCCUGGAGCAGCAGAACAAGAUGUUGGAGACCAAAUGGAGUCUCCUGCAGUCUCAGCAGCCACAGCGCAGUGACCUGCGGGGGCUGUUUGAGGGCUACGUGGGGUCCCUGAGGAGGCAGCUGGAGGGGCUGGGCCAGGAGCGGCUGCGGUUGGAGGCUGAGCUGGGCAGCAUGCAGGGGCUGGUGGAGGACUUCAAGAACAAGUACGAGGAGGAGAUCAACCACCGCACUGAGAAGGAAAAUGAGUUUGUGCUGCUGAAAAAGGAUGUGGACGAAGCAUACAUGAGCAAAGUGGAGCUGGAGUCACGGCUGGAGAGUCUGACGGAUGAGAUCAACUUCCUGCGGCAGCUCUAUGAUGAGGAGCUGCGGGAGAUGCAGUCGCAGAUCUCCGACACCUCCGUGGUGCUGUCCAUGGACAACAGCCGCAGCCUGGACCUGGACAGCAUCAUUGCAGAGGUGAAGGCGCAGUACGAGGACAUCGCCAACCGCAGCCGGCUGGAGGCUGAGACCUGGUACCAGAGCAAGUACGAGGAGCUGAAGACGACAGCUGGUAAACACGGCGACGACCUGCGCAGCACCCGCAGCGAGAUUGGCGAGCUCAACCGGAUGAUCCAGAGGAUCCAGGCUGAGAUCGAGGUGCUCAAGAACCAGCGAGCCACUCUGGAGACGGCCAUCACAGAGGCAGAGGAGCGUGGGGAGAUGGCCCUGAAGGAUGCCAGAGCCAAACUAUCUGAACUGGAGGCGGCUCUGCAGAAGGCAAAGCAGGACCUGGCCCGGCAGCUGCGCGAAUACCAGGAGCUGAUGAAUGUUAAGCUGGCACUGGACAUCGAGAUUGCGACCUACAGGAAGCUGCUGGAGGGCGAGGAGAGCAGGUUGGAGUCAGGAAUGCAGAACCUCAGCAUCCACACCCGGACCACGGGGUUCUCGGGAGGAUUCGGGGGGGGCUUUGGGAGCUCCUUCUCCACAGGUUACACUGUGACCCCCCCGGCACUGGAGAGUGCAGCUGUCCCCAAAUCUCGUGCCAUCGUCAUCAAGAAGAUCGAGACCCGUGAUGGCAAGCUGGUGUCUGAGUGUGCUGAUGUCCUCACCAACUGAGCCCCCCCUACAGCCCUCUGGAGACCCCAAAAGGAAUGCAACCCCCCGGGACCCUCCCCUUGUUCUGUCCCUGUGCCCUGAGCCAGCACCCUGCUGUCCGUCCAUCUGUCCCCCUGUGUCUGUCCAAGCUACAGGAUGGGGUGGGAGCUAUUGGGGUGCCCCCCACCCCUGAGAUCCCCCUCACACCUCCGGUGCAUGGGUGGGGGGUGUUGAGGACCUGCAAUAAACCCAAUAAACCAAA